AGGGUAUAUCUGUUCGCGUGUCUAUCCGCGUUUCUAUCCGCGUUUCUAUCCGCGUUUCUAUCCGCGUGUCUAUUCGCGUGUGUGUGCGCGCGUGUCUGUUUGCGUGUAAGUGUAUGUGUGCCUGUGUAUGAACGAAUGUACGCGCAUUUUUCUUCUUCUUCGUAUAAUUACGAAUGUUUCAAUACGUUUGAUUUCAUCUCUUUACAUUUCAUUGAAAUAUUCUAACAUGUUGCGUUGUCAUCAGCAACAGCAACAGCAUCAGCAUCAGCAUCAGCAUCAGCAUCAUCAGCAACAGCAACAACAUCAGCGUCAAGAUCAAUCACCAAAACAAAUGUAUUCUUUAGUUAUGAAAAAUGAUCAACAUUCAAAUUAUAAAUUCGACAGAUUGCAAAAAUAUAAAAUGAAUAAUAUUAAUCAAGAACAACAACAACAACAACAACAACAACAAAAGCAACAACAGCAACAAUCACAACAAGAGCAACAGCUACAGAAACGACAUGUACAACAACAACGAAAAAAACAACAACAACAGAGUAAUUAUAAAGAGAUUAAUCAAAACCUAACAUCGUCGACGAAACUAUUUGCCGAUGAAAAUAUUAAGAAAAAAAAAAGAAAGGAUAUUAUUGUAGGAGACAUGAAGGUUCUAAAUAACUCUUCUGUUUGUUUUUCUUCUUCUUUGACGAAAAAAAAAGUUCGUAAAAAGAAUUGCGUUACUUGCAAGGAAAUGCAGAAUCAAAGAGUAAUGGCGAAUGUCAGGGAACGGCAAAGAACUCAGAGCUUGAAUGAAGCAUUUGGUGCACUUAGAAAGGUCAUUCCUACAUUGCCAAGCGAUAAACUGAGUAAAAUUCAAACCUUGAAACUUGCCGCACGUUAUAUAGAUUUUUUAUAUCAAGUGUUACGUUGUAAUAUCAAAAACAAUGAGGAAGAAAAUGAAGAAAAGAAUUCAAGAAAUGCAAUAUUAUCUUCAAAAGGAAUAAAGUCAUUAUCAUGCAAUAAUAUGAUACAUGAAAAAUUGUCUUACGCGUUUAGUGUUUGGCGUAUGGAGGGCGAUUGGCAUUUAAAUACAUGAGUAAGUUAUGAAUGCAGUAGUGUGCUUGAAUAUAAUGAAGAAUUUAU